GCUGCACAGUCACUGGUCACACUGGGUGUGACAUUGAGUUGACUUUUGAUUCAGUUUAAUUAUUAUAUUUACCCCUAAAUAGUGAUUCGCCAACCACCAAACAUAGAUUGAGAGCAAUUAAUAACUCCACUGGACUAUUUUCCCAUAGGAUGCGCCACGGAGGCGGAUUCUAGCCGAGUAGGAAGCGAGCGGAGACUGCACGACUGCUCCACUAGCUGGUGAACAGCAGGCGCCUCCGACAGCGUCUCUUCCUGCUUGUGCGGGGCCCACAACAACACAAGAUCCCAGCCGAACCGAGGCCGUUAUAGAACCAAAUCCACAAUGCGUUCUCGGAGCAAUUCUGGAGUCCGCCUGGACUACUACCAGCGCAUAGUCCACCGACUAAUCCUAGCUCACCAGGAACCUGUGACGGGGCUGUUCCCCGCCUCCAACGUGAAUUCUCAUGCCUGGAUCCGCGACAAUGUCUACUGCAUUCUGGCCGUAUGGGGACUGUCCAUGGCUUACAAAAAGAUCGCCGAUCAAGACGAGGAUCGGGCCAAGUGCUACGAGCUCGAACAGAGCUGCGUUAAGCUGAUGCGCGGCCUCCUAAUGGCCAUGAUGAACCAAAAGGACAAGGUGGAGAAGUUCAAGAUGACCCAGAGUCCGUACGACUCCUUGCACGCCAAGUACUCCAGCAAAAAUGGCUUGCCCGUCGUGGGCGACAACGAGUGGGGUCACUUGCAGAUCGAUGCUGUGUCCCUGUACCUUCUAAUUCUCGCCCAGAUGACGGCCUCGGGGCUGCAGAUUGUCUUUUCCUUGGACGAGGUGUCCUUCAUCCAGAACUUGGUCUUCUAUAUCGAGUCGGCCUACUCUAUACCGGACUAUGGAAUCUGGGAGCGAGGCGACAAAACCAAUCAUGGUGAACCCGAGCUGAAUGCCAGCUCCAUUGGCAUGGCCAAGGCCGCUCUAGAGGCCAUGAACGAGCUGGACCUGUUCGGGGCCCGCGGUGGUCCCGCCAGUGUCAUCCAUGUCCUGGCUGACGAAGCCCAUAAGUGUCAGGCGGUGCUCCAAUCGAUGCUUCCUCGCGAAUCCAACUCUAAAGAGCUCGACUCGGGACUUCUGUGCGUCAUCGGCUUCCCUGCUUUCGCCGUGGACGAUGCCCAGUUAAUACACAACACCAAAGACGCGAUCCUCUCCAGGCUGCAGGGAAAGUACGGCUGCAAGCGGUUCCUGCGCGACGGCUACCGCACUCCCAAAGAAGAUCCAUCCAGGCUCUACUACGAGCGCUGGGAGCUGCGCAUGUUUGAGAACAUCGAGUGCGAGUGGCCGCUCUUCUAUUGCUAUCUGAUCCUGUUCCACGCCUUCCAGAGCGACAAGCGGGCGGUGCAGGAGUACGCCGACCGUUUGGAGAAGAUCAUGGUUCGAUCAGAGGACGGAAUACUGCUGGUGCCGGAGAGCUACGCGGUGCCCCAGGAUUUGGUGGGCUUCGAGUACCAAAAGCCGGGCUCGCAGGUCCGCGAAGUGGUCGGUCGGUGCCCGUUUUUGUGGGGCCAGUCCUUGUUCAUCCUGGGACGCUUGCUCCAGGAGGGUUUCCUGGCCGUGGGCGAGCUGGAUCCUUUGAAUCGACGCCUCGGCGCGCAGAAGAAGCCAGACGUGGUCGUCCAAGUGGUCAUUAUUGCCGAGGACAACGAGAUUCGCGACAAGCUGGCGGAGCAUGAUCUGCAUGUGCAGACCAUAGCCGAGGUGGCCCCCAUCGAAGUGCAGCCGGCCCGGGUGCUCAGCCAUCUGUACACCUACUUGGGUCGUAACCGAAAGUUGGGCCUGAGCGGCAGGAAGUCGCGCGACGUGGGCAUCCUCAGCACCAGCAAGCUGUAUUCUCUCAAGGAUCGCAUCUUUGCCUUCACCCCGCAGCAUAUCGACUAUGAAGAAUAUUAUACCACACGCGAUCCCGACUUGCUUGCCAGCAAUUUUACCACAAAUUUAGCCUUCUUGACCAACAAUUGGCGCCACAUGUUGGGCAGGCCGACAAUCACACUAAUGGCAACCCACUAUAUGCUAGAUCAGGAAAAGAUACCGCUGGCCAUGAUUCAGACCAUGCGCAAACUCAAGUCUGGCUACAUCAACGGCACCCGGGUGAUGCUGGGAAGUCUGAAGGACUUCCUCAACACCUCGGCCAUCACGGACCUGAGCUUCCUGGGCAGCACGGAGGACGGCUACCCGGAUCGCCUGCACCCGGACGUCCAGACCUACUUGGAGGAGCACCUGCUUCGCUCGUUCAGCAACCGCAGCACCAUGAAUCUCCGAGGUGGCCAGCUUCGGCCCAGGACCUUGAGGCGGCGCAUGUCCUGCAAGGGAGCCAUCAAGAAGACCCGCUCCAUCAAUGUCGACUCCGACAACCUGGGCAUGGAGGGACCCUCGCCUCUGACCGAACGCCGACUCUCCUCGAUUGUUCCCCCGCCCUGGCUGCAGGCCAACAAGCAGAGCCACGUCAGUGUGUUUGCCACCACCCCGGAGGAGGGACCCAGCUCCCCGCUGCAGCUGGGCAAUGAGCUCUCCGUGCGGGAGAACAUCUACCCGGUGGAUCCGCACAACAACCGCUCGGCGAUCGACAGGCGCAGCGAGUUUGUUCGCCAGCAAGAGAUAACCGUGCCAAAAAUUCUCAUCCAACGCCAUCGCGCGGAAACCAACUUUGCCGACACAGAGGUGGAGGAGCUGAUUGCCAUGCUGAGGGAGACGGAGAACCUGGAGGAGCAGGGCGACAUUCUGCAGUACCUGGUGGACACCCAGGGCCUGGACUUCAACACGGACGGCCUGGGAUUCAAAAACAAAUCGGACGACAAUGCUAGUGCCAAUAACAGCGCCGAACUCGAGCAAGCGUUUGUUGACGAGGUGGUGCUGGGACUGGCUGGUAGUGGUGGUAGUUUUGUUGCUGAGGCUCCUGGUGGCGAGGAAACGAAGAAGAACCGGUCGCAGGUCGUGCUGCCCACGGUGAUCAUCGAUGCUGCUACGAUUUCCCCAGAUCCAGACAGCGCCGGAGGCCAGAGCGACCACAAGCACAGCCACAAGGUGAUCAGCCCCGACUCCCAGUCCAACUCUAGUCACAUCAACAACAGCAAUAGCAACAGCAACAGCAGCAGCAGCCAUAUCCAUAGCAACAGCCACCACCUUGAUAAUAACAACGAUUCUUCCCAAUCCGAAGGCAUGCUGGAGGAGGGACGCGUCGUCACCGUGCGCGACCUGCUCAAAGGACUCUACGAGAAGGCGUGCCAGCAGAAGCUCUGGGGCCUCGUCCGACACACGGCCGGCAUGCUGGGCAAGCGGGUGGAGGACCUGGCCAAGGCCGUGACGGAUCUUCUAGUGCGACAGAAGCAGGUUACUGUGGGCAUGCCGCCCAACAACGAGCACACCAUUACGGCUCCCCUGCCGGAGGUUGAGCUGCGUCAGCUUAUCCACGAUGCCUAUGGGGACGACGAAAGCACGGCCAUGCUGACGCAGGAGCUCAUGGUAUACCUGGCCAUGUUCAUACGCACCGAGCCGCAGCUGUUCCACGAGAUGCUGCGCCUGCGCGUGGGCCUCAUCAUCCAGGUGAUGGCCAAGGAGCUGUCGCGCACGCUCAACUGCGACGGCGAGGCGGCGUCGGAGCAUUUACUUAACCUCUCGCCCUUCGAGAUGAAGAACCUGCUGUACCACAUUCUUAGCGGAAAGGAGUUCGCCGUCAGCAGUGUUGCCCGCGGCAAUCUCUCCAUUGUCAGCUGCAAGAGCAGUCGCGUCAGCAAGAAGAGCCAGAUCGGCUUGGGCGAUCCGGAAGGGGAGGAUGCCCUGAUAGCAACCAUCGACGACCGGCAGGGGCAGUGGCUGCGACGCCGCCGUCUAGACGGUGCCCUGAACAGGGUGCCCAGGGACUUCUAUUCGCGCGUGUGGACGGUUCUGGAGAAGUGCCAGGGCCUGGCAAUCGAGGGAAGGGUCUUGCAGCAGAGUCUCACCCAGGAGAUGACGCCCGGCGAGCUGAAGUUCGCCCUGGAGGUGGAGACGGCCCUGAACCAGAUCCCGCAGCCCGAGUACCGACAGCUGGUGGUGGAGGCCCUGAUGGUGCUAACCCUGGUGACCGAGCACAACAUGGUGCCAACUUUGGGCGGAAUCAUCUACGUGGAACACCUCGUGCACAAGGCCAAUCAACUGUUCCUCGAGGACCAGCGUAAGGUGCAGGGCGAUGCCACGCUGUGCUGCGCCAAGAUCAAGGACGGCAAGGAGCAGCAGCAGGCAGCCUCCGGCAUGUUGCUCUGCGGCGGAGCAGCCUACAUCUGCCAGCACUUGUACGACAGUGCCCCCAGUGGUAGCUACGGAACCAUGACGUACAUGUCCCGGGCGGUGGCCCUCGUCCUGGACUGUGUGCCAAAGCACGGCGAGAUGGAGUGCGCCAUUUCAUAAAGGACUCUGCGUCCUAAGGUCCUGAAAAUCUCUCCCUCUUUGAGAUUUGUUAGUUUUGAUGUUGUAUCAAAUAUAUUUCUUAGAACUUUUUUAAAUUUAAUUUGUAACUCGUACAUGUUAAUAAAUUUAAUGCAGAACUUCAAAAA